UGAUCUCGGUAGAGCGGGGUUCAUUAGUCAGGAUACGGCUAAGAACAUUAAUAAGUCACGUGUAGUUACAUAAUCAAUACGGAUGCGGGAACGUGCGGGCAAGCGAGCGAUGGAACCUUGCGAUGAUUCGUUGAGGAAGCAGCGCAGCCAGCCAGCUUUUUUUCUCCACACAUCGCCCUCGAACAAUUGAGAGCUCCAACACCACCAGAGCAAUGGAUUCCUUAUCGCGGUCUGAGUACGCGGACAAGAUUUUGUCCUCGAUUUCGCCGGCCGAGGCAGUCACUCUUUUGGGUGAUCGGCUUCAGUAUGCGCGCAAAGCUAAUGAAGAGCUUGCUAAUUGGAUUGAGGAGCGCUACCGAAUCGAGCUGGAGUACGCAACCGCGCUCGCAAAGCUCUCCUCCCGCAAUAUCUCAGCAGAUGUUCAGGAAGCGGGCCUGGGUUCGUUCGCCGCCGUUUGGGGAAAAGUCGCAGAGUCGACAAAUACCUUGGCGGGUGCGUCGCAGAGCUUUGCAAACAAGCUCCAGGCGGAGAUUAUCCAUACCCUCAAGCGCCAUGCUUCUUUGGACGGAGGAGACCGCGAGUGGUCCGAGAUGCGCAUGAUCCAGACGAAUCUCGCGACUUUGGCCGAUGAUGUUGCGUCUGCGGAGGAGAAGGUUGAAAAGUACAAGCGUAAGGGGUCGAGCAAGAUUGCAAGCGCACAUGCGGGCGUCAAUGAGAUUGUGGCCGAGUGGGACUCGCAGGCGCCUUUGGUGUUUGAGAAGCUGCAAGGCCUCGAUGAGACGCGGCUCAUGAUGCUGAAAGACACUCUGACCAGAUAUCAGACCUCUGAGGUUGACAAGGCCCAGCGAAUUGUCUCGAUCUGCGAGGGAAAUCUCAAUGAACUGCUCUCGUUCGACCCCGCGGACGAGAUCAAGAUGUACGCCGUCCAGGUUCAGACGAACGGUCUUCCGCAUAGAAGCACCCGCCAGACUUCGCUCGCCCUCGUCGGUACUCACGGAGCAGGCACUGGUAGCAGAGCAGCACCGCCACCUCCACCCCACGGACACGGCCGUCCCUCUUCGCAGCAGUUGCAGCAGGCUGCGGCCCGAACUAGCUCGCUUAACGCCCUUUCGUCGCCAUCGUCGUCCAAGCGACGGUCGUCUGUGGCCACUGAAGAUUCAGUAACGCCGGCUACACCAGGAAAGUCUAGAUUCAACCGAAUGUCGACAAUACUGCGCAAGUCCGAGACCGGUGGCCGCCGCUUGUUUGGAUCGUCAAAGGACAAGAAGAACAAGCACCAUAUGGAGCAGAUUGAUGUCCGCGAGUCGGCGGAGACCAGCAGUCUUGCUUCAAACCGGUCGUCGCAGUACGCAAGCUUCUCGGGCCCGACUGGUCGCAAUACUACGAGCGGCGCGGUUCCGGUUGCGCCUGCGCAGGUUGUUCCUCCUGCGGCGAUGACGCAGACGCCUAGCUAUAGCUCUUCUGUGUUUAACAGUGGUAUGAACGGCCACGGCGAUGACCCGGAUGCGAUCAACAUCAUUGGCACGUCGCAAGCCCAGCAGCAGCAGCCGCAGCCCACAGUGACGAGCAUUCCUACUCCUGCGGAACCAGCUGUUGCCGUGCGAGAGUCUGAGGUCGAUGAUGAGGGAUACUCGAUUCCUCCGCCGGUGGCCAAGGGCUCGGCAGUGGCUGAGAUGGACGAGACGUAUGGCGAGCUUCAGCAAGAGACGGGCCAUGCUCUGGCGAUUGACAUCCAGUCGACGCCUCUGAAGGAUGAGCAAGACGAGGAGCAGGCGGCACGUGAGCGUGUGGCGUCAAGCCUUCGGAUGAAGCCUACGGUGGCAGCAAGCAGAAGCAUGCGCGGCCGACGGGGCGAGAACGCCGCGUCGAAGCUGUAUCCUGGCGGGGUGCCGAGCCUGGCUGGUGAUGUUCCUGCGCUUCCUGUGGGUCUGACAAAGAUCAUGAACAAUGGCCAUGGUGUGCCACCACCGCCUCCGCCGGCAUCGCACAGAGGAUCGCUGGAGACUACACGGGUUGAAGAAAAGGCCCAGUCACCGGUGGAGAAGUCGCUGCCUCCAAUUUCGCCGACUGAGGAGGACGAGUUCCAUAAUGCUUUGGAGGAGAGAGUGCCGACGCUGCCGGUUGCUGAGGACGAGAGUGCGCCUUUGACUGGUACGGCGGUGACGACCGAGAAGGAGAUCUCUACUCCGGUCGUGGACGACGAGGGUGAUGAGGAUGAAGAUGAUGAGGAGGUGGAGACCGCAGAAGAGGAAGAGGAAGCUGUGGAGACGGCGGAGCCAGUGAUCCCGAUACUGCCGGAUCUGACGUCGAGUAUCGUGGAGACUGUGAAUGUGUCACUUCACGGCGGCGAGCCGUCGCGGGUGCUGAUUGUGGGCGACAUUGCGCUUUCGUACUCGGGCUCUGCGACGAAGCCUGUUCCUCUGCGGUUGAUGGGCACGGAGACUUUGGAUCGCGUGCACCCGAGUGCGCAGGUGAUUACAUCGGUCGAGGACGACGACGACGAGGAGGACGGAUAUGUUUUGCAUCCGGACCGGCUGUCGUCGGUGCCGACGAUUACGUUCAAAUACUCGGUUACGAACGCGGAUUACGUGCCGAUUAUUGUGAAGCCGUCGUGGAAGUUUGAGCCCCACCAGACGUCGGUGAUUAUCCGGUACGUGCUGAAUCCGUCGUAUCCGGCGGAGGAGCUGGUGCUGAGCGACAUGAGUUUGGUGGUGAGCAUCGAGGGCGCGCCGGCGACGGCGGCGCAGAGUAAGCCGCCGGGAGUGUUCAACCGGGAGGCGGGACAUUUGGCGAUCGUGCUUACGUCUGCGGAGACGCCGGAGAUCAGGCUACGCAAGGGCGUGGAAGGCAACGCGCUUGUGCGGUUCUGGACCGACGGGCAGGCGAAGGAGGGCAAUGGCGGCCGCGGAGGAGUGAGCUUAGCGUUUAGAUAUGCGCCGGAGGACAGCGCGAGCGGAUUGUUGGUUGAGAUCAAGGACGCGGUGGAUCAGAAGGAGAGCGACCCCUUUGCGGACGAGAGCGAGGGGGAGUGGGCGGCUGUGCCUGCGAUUCGGAGUAUUGUGAGCGGGAUGUAUUUUGCAAGCGAGUAAGUGGGAGUGAAGGGCGAAGCGAGGCGAGCAAGCGAGGAGGUGGUGGAAGGGGGUUAAGGAAGGAGAAGAGGAAGAAGUUAAUUAGAGCUGUGUACUUUAUCAAUGUUUUCAUUUAUACUGUUUUGUCUGCUGUUGCUAUGCUACAACCACUUUGAAUGGUAUGCCGAGUCCUAGUUUUGUUUUGUUUUGUUUUGAUGUUUAUGUUUUUGGAGAAG